CCACAAUAGUGUACAAUGUACAUUUCACACCAGGCCUGAUUUCACACGCUAACGUCGCUUUAUCACGGACCAAUGUAUCAACGUCCAGGGACUACUGGCAUGAUAAACAAUAAUGGUUAUUUCGGUGGUGUUCCGUCUCCAGACAGUCACACUAGAGUGUCCUAUCAUCGCAAGUCUGGUUACUUGGAACGCGUGGGAGGAAGUUUCUGUGGAUCUCUCUUCGGCAUCGGCGUUGUGUUUGCAGCAGUGAUGCUACUCUUCUAUAACGAGGGACGAGCUGUUCAGACGGCACAAUCUCUCGAUGAAGGUCUGAGCCUUUGUAUUUCUGUUGGUGGCGGGUCUGUGGUCGAUUUCUCACUCGAGGGCAAACUUGUUCACAUCAACAAUGCUCUGAGGACGAAUGACGUGUUGAGCGAUGAGACGUACGGCGUGUCUGUGCAAGCUGUCAAGUUGUCAAGAGAGGUAGAGAUGUAUCAGUGGGUAGAACAUCGGCACACAAGAGAGUACGAUGAAGGAGGAGUCACAAGGAAGGAGACAACGUACACAUACAGCAUGGAAUGGAAGUCUCAUGUGAUAAGCAGUGGAACCUUCGAUAAUCCUUCCAUGCACCAUAACCCGGGGUCAAUGGCUGUACAGUCCAAGACGUUUGAAGCAGCUGUUGUUAAUGUUGGUGCAUUCAAACUCUCUGCAGGUCUAAUAAGCAGGCUGUCUGACUGGCGAGUUUUGAAUCCAAUGUAUCCUGCUCGAGAUCCGUCAGUCAAGAAAUUGGACAAUAGAUUUUAUCAUGGAAAUGAUCCGUACAGACCUCAAGUCGGAGACCUGCGUAUCCAAUUCAAGUACGUCGGUCUCAGCGGUGACCCUCAUCCCCAACUAGGAGGACCAGACCGGGUAAGCAUCAUCGCCAGACAAUCCUCCAGCCAACUGGUUGCCUACCAAACAAGAGCCGGCAACGAACUGGAAAUGCUAUACAACGGUGACAAAACCAAAGAGGAGAUUUUUGCUGCGGAGCAUUCGUUUAAUAAUGCCCUCACUUGGGGCCUUCGUGCAGCCGGCUGGUUCAUCAUGUUUAUCGGUCUCUCUCUCAUCACUGGCAUCAUUACUGCAAUCGUGUCGUUUGUUCCUAUUCUGCGUGACUUGGUUGGCCUGGCUGUCACCGUCAUCAACCUAUGCCUCGCAACUACUCUGUCCCUCACUGUCAUUGCUCUUGGAUGGAUACGAUAUCGUCCACUACUCGGUUGUGCCCUACUGGCUGCAGCUCUUGCUCCAAUCCUCAUCUCUAAAUUCCAGAACAAGAAGCCGAUGACAAGGUAGAGACUUGAGAGUAAACAAAUACUGCAGUAGCACUUGUGGUAGAAUUAAAGGGAGACUUUUAUUGGAAACAAGAAUGAGACUUAGUGUGUUGUGAUUAGAUUGAAAGGUUGUUGAUGUA